AUGGAGGAUGACUCGUAUAUCCCGCUAGGCACUCCGCCAAUUCGGAAGCUCCCUACUGGCGCGGCGCGCCAUGGCGGGCGAUCCGCAGUGGCUCCGCGCAAGCGCCGCCGCAUCCUCGACCCCGCGCACGUGGACGUCGCCGCUUCCCCCGGAGCCAGCCCCGAGAGGCGGCCUUUCGACUCCGACACACCGAAUCGCAACGCGGCCGACGCGCUGAUCAAAAGCGCGCCCGGCGCCUCGGCUAGAAACGCGCCUGGCGCUUCGCGCGGGGAGGGCUUGUUUCACGCGGAACAGACUGGCACGGGUUUGUUGUCCGGCCGCCGUGUGCUGUUUCCGGGCGGGGAGUUUGACGGGGCUGGAAAGGGGAACGGCGGGAGCGAAGUGGGGACGGAGGGGAAGGGUUCCGAUGGAGGCGCGGCGAAGAACGCAUCGGAGGAAGUUGUUGGCGCAAUGGCGGGAUUGGCGGUUUACCGGCGACUGGCGUUUGGGGACGAGCGAGUGGAAGGGCGGGAGGGUAGUCGAACGACGUCCAAGGCUGUUGGCGAGGCUGAACGAGGGGGUGAACAAGAGGACAAAGCGGGAGAGGGCAAGAGCGAUAAGGUGGUAGAGGAGGAGGAGAGGGAGGUAGAGGUGAGUGAGAGGGAGGUGGAGGAGGUAGAGGAGGAAGAAUUGGAGCUAGAGAUAGUGUAUGAGGAAGAAGUUGAGGGGGGAAAGCAGAUAGAGGAGGGUGGCGAGGAGGAUGUGAGAGGAGAAAGCAAGGGAGAUUGGGAAGAGAAGGAUCGAGAGAAGGAGGUUAGAACGAGGAAAGAUAGGCUCAAGGUCUCAAGAGGCCCAGAAAUUGCUAAAAUCGCCGCUGCCGUCAUUCCUGCUACCAGUGCUGCUGUUGCCGCUGCCGCUGUAGCCGACUGUGCCGUGACUCGUUUCUCGUCGUCUAAUAACGCGGACGGGGAUGACCUUUUUCGCUGGAACCGCAUCCAUAGAGGGAGCACUGGGCCCGGGGGCCGCGGAAGCGGAUCCAGUGGGCCCAAGACACGUGGCGAGGUCCUGGCAGCCAUGGUGGGCGUUCAGAUGCCACGUCAGCAAGGGGUACGAAGCAUGGCGCCGGAUAUGGAGGGGCGAGUAACGGCCGCAGCAGCAGCUGCAGGGGGAGUGAGAAGCGGACGGGCUGGUGUAUCCCCGAUACAGUCACCUUCAAAAGGAGCAACAAUUAAAAUCCUUCCUCAUACCUUUCCUCCAGUCUCCCGCUCGUUUUGGCCCUUGAAACCCUUCUUCUCCUACCCAGGGAUUUACCAUCACGUCCCCUCUCCCGCCCCGUUUUCCGCUUCCCCUCCCUGCCCCCGACUUGCCCCCGACUUGCCCCCGACUUGCCCCCUUCAUCUCUCCCCUGACAUUUCCCACAAACGUCUCUCCCACCUCUUUCUACACCUGAGAAGGUUCCUGGAAAUCGCGCAGCUGUUCGACGCGCUGGAGCUGAGCUGCCGCCUGCUGCGCGCGAGGAAGCUUCUGUGCUCCUUCCGGGCGAUUAAAGACGCGGUGCAGGACGUGACUAAGAGGCGCUUCACUCAGCGGCACCUGGCGCAGAUGCUGUUCGUGGGGGGCGGCGGGGCAGGGGGAGGAGGGGGAGGGGCAGGGGGAGGGGGAGGGGGAGGGGGAGGGGCAGGGGGAGGAAGGGGGGGGACGGGAGGAGUUGGCGGAAAGGUAGAAGAGGGAGGAGGUGGAGAAGGGGUAAAGGAAAAGGAGAAAGGAGGAAAGGAAGGGAAGGACAUAUCACUAAGUCCUCUUGCACUUAGCGAAACAACACUUAAUAAAACAGAUGCUCUCGGCAGGGCAUCAGCCCGCCAGGCUGUGCUUGGCGUGCCGUUGCUUAGAGUGGAAUCGGUUCUUCUGCCCGAAAAAAACUCCUCUCCUGUGAAGUUCUCAGGGGCGGCAGGCAGGGCGGCAAGGUUUGGACGUAGCGUGUGGGAUCUGAAGAUAAUAUUGGAGAACGAAGGGGAUGGGAAGGGGGAUGGUGAUAAAAGUGAUUGGCCUGCAGCUGCGGAUGGUGGUGCUAGUAGCGGUAGUGGUGCAGGGGGGUUUGGAGGGAUAGCAGGAGGUGAAUUGGCAGCAGGCAUGGCAGGAGGGAGGGCGAGGAGCGAAGAGAGUGACAUGCUGUGGCGGAAAAGAGAGUUCAGAGCAAGGCUGGGAAGACUGGCACGUGCCAUGGGGGCAGUGGGAAGCGAGAAGGAUGUGACAGUGGCUGAUGUGACUAUACCUGAGGAGAGUCUACCAGACCCCCUAUCACCCUCCCCUGUGCCAACUAUAGAGUCUCAUGCGUCUCUCAAUGCUCAUACUCAUUAUAUUCACACUCGCUCUACUCACCCGAUCAGCCGCAGGAGCCUAUUUCCUGAUUCAUCCACUAACCCUACCUCUGCCGAAGCUAGUCUAGGCUCGGCGCCAACAGCUGCACCUUUUGCCAGGCCUGUUUUGCAGGCCCGGCCAAUUUCCCCACGCCACCGCCAUCGGCCUGCUUCGGCAGAUAGGGUUGGGAGGAAUCCGAACCCAGACUUGGGCGCUCGUGUGAGGGUGGACCUCACUCCAUCGUUGGAUCGGUUGGCUCGCCGAACCAACGUGGUUGGCUCGGCAGGAGCAGCCGAGGCUGGGUCAGAGCAGGCUCGGGCAGCACGGCAGCUACUGUUUGGAGGAACGGCGGAGGUUGCUGGGGUUAGUGGUGGGGCUUCAGGUGCUGCUGGUGCUGCUGGUGCUGCUGAAAUAGCCAGAAAAGGAGUUGAGGAGGGAGAGAAGGAGGUGUGGGGUGGGGAUGUGGUAGGGGAGCUGGAGCCGCUGCAGCAGCAGGGAGUGGGGGUAGGUGGAGUACAAGAUGGAGCGGUUGGGAGGGGUGGAGGAGACAGCGAUGGGGAGGGUGGGGGAAGCGACUCGGAGAUCUUGUCUCGCCUGCCCCAAGGGCUCGUCUCUUCGGUUCGUAAGCGUGAGGAGCAGCAGCGUGCCGAAGCUACCGAUGAGGCUCGGCAGGCGCGGCGGCGGCGGCUGCUGCUGGCCGAGCUGCCGCUGCUGACCGACAUGGUUGUCGCUCUCUUUGCCAGCUGUCGUGCUGCUGUGCUGCCACAUAGGGACCUUGUGGUCCGGCUGGUGGCCAAUCACAGCAAGCAGACCAACCAAGAGGAGAUUGAGGAGCAGAUGAAACUUCUAGAGGAGAUCGCGCCAGACUGGUUGUGUGCUAAGAUGUCCCUUCGAGGAGAAAAAAUAUAUCGAUUGUCCAAGGUGGUGAUGGCUGCACAUGUCAAGGCACGGGUGAAGGAUGAGCAGAGGCUUGAUCCAGAGCAGCACCAGCACGCACCAUCACGCCAUGUGCAUGGUGCUUCUGAGCUUAGCCAUUCUGAAGCUGCUGCUUCUUCCGCCGAUCUUCAUACCUGCCGGACCCCUCAGCUUCAGCAGCAAACAAAAACAGACCCAAUGACGGAACGAUCCUACGUCAUGAUAAAGCCCGACGGCGUUCAACGCGGCCUUGUCGGGGAGAUCAUCGGUCGGUUCGAGCGUAAGGGUUUCGUUCUGCGAGGCCUGAAGCUGUUCCAGUGCCCCAAGGAGCUGGCGGAGGAGCACUACAAGGACCUUGCCGACAAGCCCUUCUACAAGGGCCUCGUCGACUACAUCAUCUCCGGCCCCGUUGUCGCCAUGGCCUGGGAGGGCAAGGGUGUGGUGGCUUCGGCUCGCAAGCUGAUUGGCGCCACCAACCCCCUCGCUUCCGAGCCCGGCACCAUCCGUGGUGACCUCGCUGUCGAGGUUGGCAGGAACGUCGUGCACGGGAGUGACAGCGUGGAGAAUGGCGAGCGUGAGAUUGGCUUGUGGUUCAAGGAGGCAGAGCUGAUCAAGUGGGACCCUACACUCCUCCCUUGGCUGCGCGAAUAG